GCGCGCUUGAGGUACACGGUUUUCGAGACUUUUUCAAAACAUUCUUGUAGCAAUGCUGGCCAUGGAAACCUCUCCCAUAACCUCUAAAAAGGUCUUGACGUUAGUGUUUGUAUUUGGCGAUUUCGAUGGCGAGAGACGAGUUUUAUUGGGGAUGAAGAAACGGGGGUUUGGGGCUGGGUAUUGGAAUGGGUUUGGAGGCAAGGUUGAAAAAGGAGAAACGAUACUCGAGGGUGCUGUCAGAGAACUUGAGGAAGAAGCAGGGAUACGUGUAUCCCACCUGGAGCGAGCGGGGAUGUUGUGGUUCCAUUUUGAGGGUGACCCGACCGGAUUGGAGGUCCAUGUGUAUCGAGGGGAGACCUUUGAGGGUGUCGUCUCCGAGACCGAGGAAAUGCGACCAGAAUGGUUUUCCCUUGACAAGAUUCCGUUUCACAUAAUGUGGCCGGACGAUCAGAUUUGGUGGCCCGUAUUUGUUGGGAAUAAAAAGUUUUGCGGGAGGUUCAGGUUUGCCAAGGACCAAAAGGAGAUUUUGGCACAUGAUGUGGGCAUCUUUGAGUCGUUGCCGUGUGAGAUGGAGUUUGGGAGUGGGGAAUGGGUAGGCGGGGUGCUCGUAGAACGAUAGAUGAAUGCAUAGAACAUAACCUUGUGGAGUGAUGUAUGCGCUAGAUGCUGGUAAGAUAUACUAGAAGAAUAGAGCAGAGCUGGUCAUACUGGAAA